GGGGACGUCUACCAACAUGUCUAUACAGCCGACCAAAGACGACUUGGACAGCCCAGGCGUGGCAGCCCAGCACUUGGAACUGCCGAGAAACAUCGAUAAAAAGGUCGUCGAGGGUGUGCUCCUUGAUCCCCAAGCUGAAAAGAAAUUGGUCUGGAAGUGCGAUCUCCAUGUGUUACCUCCCAUCACGGUAUUAUUCUUCCUGUCGUUCAUGGACAGGACCAAUAUCGGUGUGUAUUAUAUCCCUGUGCUUUGGUUCAUAUUAGCAACUUUCUUACAAGACCAGGAAAUGCGAGAAUUCAAGGCAUGACGGCAGACUUGCACAUGACCGGCCAUGAUUACAACGUGGCCCUGUUCAUCUUCUUUGUGCCCUAUGUCUUAUUUGAGAUUCCGUCCAACAUGAUCAUCAAACGCAUCGCUCCCUCGACAUGGCUUAGUGCCAUCAUGAUGCUCUGGGGCAUAGCAACACUCGGCCAGGGUCUCGUCAGGAACAACAACGAGUUGAUCGCCUGCAGGUUUAUCCUCGGCUUAUUCGAAGCUGGCUUAUUUCCUGGUUGCGUUUACUUGAUAAGCAUGUACUACAAGCGGUACGAGCUACAAUGGAGGAUGUCUUUAUUCUUCUGCGCCAGUAUCUUAGCUGGGGCAUUUUCAGGCCUACUGGCAUUCGCGAUCGCUAAUAUGGGCGGCUUGGGCGGGUACGGUGCAUGGCGAUGGAUCUUCAUCAUUGAAGGGCUUCUGACGAUUGUUGUCGGCUUUGUAUCGAAAUGGUGGAUCGCCGACUGGCCAGAGACAGCCAAGUUUCUGACCGACGAGGAAAGACAGGUACUCGUCAGUCGGCUCGCCCAGGAUACGGGAAGUGCAAGAAUGGACCAUCUCGACAAGAAGGCAGCAAAGCGUAUCGCCACUGACUGGAAGGUCUAUGCUGGAACGGUGGCGUACUUUGGUGUCGUGAACACUGGGUAUGCAGGAUCGUUUUUCAUUCCCACCAUUCUCCGCCAGAUGGGCCUCACAGCUGCGGCAGCACAAAUCCGGACUAUUCCCAUCUACAUUGUGGCAACCAUUGUAUGUCUCAGUACGGCAUACCUGACGGACCGUCUCAGGCACAGAUACAGCUUCACAAUGAUUGGCAUCGCCAUCGCCACCAUCGGUUACGUUCUUCUACUUUUGCAAAAUGUCGUCCCUGUCGGUGCACGCUAUUUUGCCCUAUUCUUAGUGGUCAGCGGAGGCUACACCACGCAGCCUGUGACAUUGGCCUGGCUUGCCAAUAACGUCAGCGGACACUAUAAGAGAUCGGUAUCCGCUGCAGCACAAGUUGGCUUUGGAAACCUUGGUGGGAUCGUCGCGUCCAACGUUUUCUUUGACUCAGAAGCGCCUUUGUACUGGACUGGCUACGGUGUGAGCUUGGGGAUGCUCUGGCUGUGCGCCGCCGCAUGCACAGCUCUCUACUUGGGAGUUCGCUUGGAGAACAAGAAAAGAGACCGUGGCGAGAGAGACUUCACGUUGCAGGAGCCAGAUGUGGAUAAUAUGGGUGAUGAUCACCCUGAUUGGAGGUUCGCCACGUAGAAGAUGACGCUGUCGUCUUGCCAAUUUACGACACCAAUUUGUCGCAGGUAAUGGAAUUAAGGAACUAAAAAAUGUCUUGAUGGAUUGUGGAUAACACCAUGAAGUGGCACUCAUUAACUAGAUUGAAAAGCAAUGAGAUAUCUAGACUGU